AUGCAACAUUGUUCAUCUAUAAAGGGUGUUUGGGAACGUGACUUGUCUAUUGGAGGGCGUGACCUGUGUGUUUGGGGGUGGGGCCUGUGUGUUUGGGGGUGGGGCCUGUGUGUUUGGGGGUGGGGCCUGUGUGUUUGGGGGCGGGGCCUGUGGGUUUGGGGGCGGACUCUGCUGCAGCUGUUGUUCCGACUAACAGCAACCGCUAAAGCUAACGCCAGAGCCCCCCGAGCAGAGCCUCUCAACCCGCGGAGAUGUGUGUGA